AGCCACCGCCGACCGCCAUCCAGCCAGUGGAGUACAACGACAGAGAAGGUGAACAUCAGGCAGGAGUUUGCGUUGGGGUAAUUUUUUUCCAUCUUUAAGAUCAUAGUUCGGGCCGCCGUCGUUUUAACAACUAAUAAAUGGCGGAACAAGUCGGCGAGAGGAGGACGGAACGGCCGCCGCAGAAGCCCGUGGCCCAAAAGCCGGUCAUAUCUGUGAAAGUCACCGGCGUAGUUAAAUGGUUCAAUGUCAAAAGCGGUUAUGGUUUUAUUAACCGUAAUGAUACAAAAGAAGAUAUAUUUGUACAUCAGUCUGCUAUAAUCAAGAACAAUCCGAAAAAAAUUGUACGCAGUGUUGGUGACGGAGAAACCGUAGAAUUUGACGUUGUUGAAGGUGAAAAGGGUCACGAAGCAGCAAAUGUUACUGGUCCAGACGGUGAAGCUGUUAAGGGAUCACCUUAUGCAGCUGAAAGAAGGAGAAAUAACUAUCGCCAGUGGUUUUAUGGACGCCGUCCUAAUACCCGCCCAAGAAAUGGCGGUCAACCUCCAAGAGAUGGUAGUCCAAGUGGUGACAAGGAAGAAACUGAAAAUGAAGUAGGAGAACAACCGAGACGUUACCGCCAGCCGCGUCAACAAAAUUGGUAUAAUAGCUAUCGUGGUAAUCGAAGAGGUCCACCACCAAAUAGAGGAGAAGGUGGCGAUUACAAUGGUGGAGAUAACUAUGGAUAUGAUAGUUCACCUCCUGGUAGAGGCAGAGGUCGUGGGAUGGGUGCUCCCAGGCGUUUCUUUAGACGAGGCAGUGGAUUUAGAGGGAGCCGUGGAACAGGAGGUCCACCUAGAAGACCAUAUCAAGAUGAAAAUCAGGACAAUGAAUAUAACCAAAGUGAUGAAAAUGGAGCAAAUAGACCCCGUCCUCGCUAUCGUCGCCGCAAUAAUCGUUCUAGAGCGAGAAGUGAUGGUCCUCCAAGAGCCAACAGCCAAAGUGACAAUGAAUCCAAACAAAAAAAUUUUGGAGGCGAAGCAUUGGAACUGGAUGAUAGUAGCCAUGCUUAAACAUCAGAUUAAGUCGCAAACAGUAUAUUUAUCAUAGAAUCUUGUUUUAAUUUUCUCUUACGCAUUUGUGUUUUUCAUGUAUCUAAUCUCGGACGUUUUAUUUGUUCCACUCGCCACGAUUAUGACUCUAACAAGUUCUACAAUAAUCAAUUUGGUUUUUUUGAUUGCCCUACAUCUUUUGAUAUGUAUUAACUCUUCUAUUACAAUCCAAACAAGACCUGGGUUGUCGGUUAUCUUGCUUGAUCUUAAUCUGUAAAUCGUACAUCUUUAAAGUAUUUUGCAUGAUAAUUUUUCCUAUUUACUUUUUUUUUUUUUUAUAAUUAUCACAAAGAAAAGAAAUAAUUUUUUUUAUGAAACAUAAAUGUGUUGAAUACAAUAAAAAUAUUGAAUAAUACUAUAUUUUAGACAAGCAAUGUGUGCAUGAGUAAUUGGAGGAAAAACGAAAUAUAUAUUUGUAUAAUUUCGUAUA